AUGGAGAUGGAGGCCACCAUCUCAAAGCGCCGCAAGGGUUUGUUUGGCGAAGCCACCGACCUUGACUCCUCCUCCUCGUCUGGUUUUAAGAUGGCUGUUAUCGUCUUUUCCCCAGCCAACAAGCCCUAUGUAUACGAUGAUGAAGAUGAUGAUGGUGUUGUUAUUGAUGAAGAUUUAGAAGCCAAUCAAGAGAAAGAAGAGAAAGCAGUGCAAGAUGGUAUAGAUAAGUACGGGUUGAAUGAGCAUGCGGGAGUGGAUGAACUAGAUAAAAAAAUAGCUACCCUAAAACAUUUCAUAAAGAUACUGGAUUUGAAGAUAGAUCAUGAGAUGAAGAGGAAAGACUCUUGCACCAAGGAUAAUAAUUCAUAG